UCCAAUAGAGUGUGUACAUCCAAUGCCUUGCAGGGUUGCAAGUUCAAGCCACAGUCAUGACAAGUUAUGGCCUAAUUUCCUGGUCAAAACACUCACACACUCAUUUUGACUCUUUCAAAUCCAAAAGUGUAAAUGAGUACCUGCAUGUUCUUUGAUUGGAGAACUAAGCGGCCAUCGGCUGUGACGUGACAUCAACCACAGUAGUCCAGGCGAGACUUUGGGUGCUCACACUUUAGUUAGUUUCACAAGCCGGUACUCCUGUCAAUAUAGUCUCCAGGACAAUGCUAGCGCAGGCCCAGUGUUCUCCUGAGUAGAGCAUGCACAUGCAGGAGUCCAGCUGUUAGCUUGUGGAGUGACCAGUAUCUGGGGGCCUUCCUAACGUUUACCUUUUUUAUUGUAGUGUGUGUGUGAGUGUGUGUGUGUGUGUGUGUGUGUGUGUGUGUGUGUGUGUGCGUGUGUGUGUGUUUGCAUACAUGUACAUGCAAAUGUCUGAGGUUUUUGGAACUUCGUUGAUUUAUUGCAAAACAACUAUGAUUUGCAGAAUCUCGGAAACAUUUUGCUAGUGUGAAAGCCUCUAUCGACGACAGAUGCACAAGGUUCCGACAGCCUCUUUCCGAGAAACAACUUGACUAUUUCUACAAACGCGCCGUCGUAGACGAUAAUCACAAAGUUAUCUAUUGUCCUGUUUGGAAGUCAGGCUCGACCUCUUGGAGAGCAGUUAUGCUUGUACUGGAAGGCUCAUUCAAGUUUCUCGACGAUGCCGUUAAAUCAGUUCGUUGGGUUAGAGGCUUGACAACACUGAAAUCGUACAAGAACAGAUCAGAAAUUGAACUCAGACUUAGAACUUACAAAAAGUUUAUGGCUUACAGAGAGCCAAUCAAUCGUUUCGCAGCAGACUACUUAAUGUUGAAAAGGAAAGGUGAAGGUUACGAACGACAAAGUCGCGAAAUAGUAAAAUACGCUAACUCCGUGAGAGGACGUCGUGAUCCCAAGCAUCUGUGGCAAAACAUGAGCAUCUGCGACUUUGCCAAGUUUGUGUCUCGUUUCGGUAACGAGACAACGAAAAUGAUUAAAUUAAAUCACCAGUGGAUACCACAGAAUAUGGCGUGUUAUCCGUGUCACAUUAACUACGAUUAUUACAUCGAUAUGGAGAGUUCAACCGUUAACAGAGACAGUCGCUACCUUUUGAUGAUUCUAGGCGCGCCACAUUGGUUGAAGAUGCCUCACGUCAAUCCUACGACUAAAGACAAAACUCCGCAUUUGUUGCAACUAUCUGAGCAGUUGUACAAUCAACUUAUGUCUGUUUACUACAAUGACUACGAGAUUUUUGGUUUUAGGUAACCAGAGCGCAGUAGCAUGAGACCCUGAAUGUGUAAAUUUCAAUCAUCCUUAAUGAUUUAUAGUAUGUUUAGGACUUAUUUGCAUGCAAUUUUUUAGCUUCACUAUAAGAAUCUUAGACAUCGGUACUUAUAACAUAGGGUCUACGAAAAUACUAAAUU